GUGGCGGUUGCGGGGCAUGCGCGGCUCCGCGCGCGGCUUCUCAAACAUGGCGGCGGCGGCGUGAGGACCUGUACCGGCUCGCUGGACCAGUGUGACAGAAUUUCCCUCUUUUCGCCGACGAGACUCGAGGAAAGAACACCAGAGAGGGAUACCAUGGGGCAAACAGUGAAUGAAGAGUCAAUGGAUGCAAAGAAGGAGAAUCAAGAGAAGGCUCCUCAGUCAGGCACAUCUUCUGUGCAAGAUGAUGAUUUUAACUGGGAAAAUUACUUGAAAGAGACUGGAUCUUUAAGUGCUCCUUCAGAGUGUUUCAGACAGUCCCAGAUUCCACCAGCUAAUGACUUCAAAGUUGGUAUGAAACUGGAAGCCCAUGACCCUCGCAAUAUGAUUUCAAUAUGUAUCGCCACAGUCGUUGGAAUUACUGGUGCCAGGCUACGUUUAAGACUGGAUGGUAGUGACAACAGAAAUGAUUUUUGGCGGCUUGUUGAUUCUCCGGACAUACAGCCUGUUGGGACAUGUGAAAAGGAGGGGGACUUACUUCGGCCUCCACUGGGGUACCAGAUGAACACAUCAUCUUGGCCAAUGUUCCUCUUGCGAACACUGAGUGGAUCUGAAAUGGCACCUGCAACAUUCUUUAAGAAGGAACCACCAAAGCCACCUCUAAAUAAUUUUAAAGUGGGAAUGAAACUUGAAGCUAUAGACAGAAAGAACCCUUAUCUGAUCUGCCCUGCAACUAUUGGAAAUGUUAAAGGAGAUGAAGUUUAUAUCACAUUCGAUGGCUGGAGUGGAGCUUUUGAUUAUUGGUGCAAGUAUGAUUGUCGAGAUAUUUUCCCAGUUGGGUGGUGUCGCCUGACAGGAGAUGUAUUACAACCACCAGGAACUUAUGUUCCUGUUACAAAGAAUAUAGCAAAAACACAGCCUUCUCCUUCCAAAGCAACCCAGCGUUCAAUGCAGUCUCUACAGAAAACUGCUGUAAUAUUACCAACACAGCAGAUCAGGAAAUCAGGUUGUACUAAACCACCUGCACAUACUUCAGUCCCCAAGAAGGGGAGUUCUGUUAAAAAUAUCACACCAAGGAAAAAAGGCCCAAACUCAGGAAGAAAGGAAAAACGUAUUCCUGUUGUAUGUUCCACAUCUUCAGCUUCUGUCAGUAUGCUGGCCAGAGGACGUGGUGGUGUUUUAUAUGAUAAGGAUACUGUUCCUGGAUCAUCUAAAAUAGUGAUGUCUACAGUCUGUGUCUAUGUAAACAAAUAUGGAAGCUCUGGCCCUUACCUGGAUCAGAAUAAAAUCCAGCAGCUGCCCGAUCACUUUGGCCCAGGCCCUGUCAAUGUGGUGCUCCGGCGGACGGUGCAGGCCUGUGUGGAUUGUGCCAUUCAAAGUAAGACUGUUUUUGGAUUCCUUAAGCCAGAUGAUCGUGGAGGAGAAGUGAUAACCGCCUCCUUUGAUGGGGAAACUCAUUCCAUCCAGCUCCCUCCAGUGAACAGUGCAUCAUUUGCUCUUCGCUUUCUUGAGAAAUUGUGCCACAGCCUGCAGUGUGAUAACCUUUUGAGUAGCCAGCCUUUUAGCUCUUACAGAGGUAAUGGUCAUAGUCCUGCAGAGCAUGAUCAAAAUAAUUCAGUAAAAGAAGAUACAACAGAAAAGAAAAGCACCAAACGACCUUCUCAGGAACCUCUGCCUUAUGUUGCUACUCUCUCUCCUAAGCGCCCCAAAACAGAAGUGCAUGCCUCUGAAGAAGAAGUAUUAUCUUCUGAGGGAAAUGGCAUGCCCAAAGGGGAAAUGCUUUCUGAAGAGUCCAAAAACUCACCACUAAAUCCAGCAAGUUCUUUGAAUCCUGCCAGCACAAAUCCUAUAAGCACUCAUACUCCGGUCUCCAGUAGUGUUUCUCAAAGUGUGCCAUGCACCUCGAGUUCAACACUGGUAGGGACCGAAUCACCUCCCAAGAGCAGUCACCAUGAAGUUACAUUCCAGAUGCAGAGGAAAAGUGAAGCUCCAAGUUAUAUAGCUGUACCUGACCCCAGUGUCCUGAAACAAGGCUUCUCUAAGGACCCUUCAACCUGGUCUGUGGAUGAAGUGAUACAGUUUAUGAAACAUAAAGAUCCUCAGAUAUCAGGCCCCCUCGUCGACCUCUUCAUGCAACAUGAGAUUGAUGGGAAGGCUCUGCUACUACUCAAAAGUGAUGUGAUGAUGAAGUAUAUGGGGCUGAAGUUGGGGCCAGCCUUAAAGUUAUGUUAUUAUAUUGAAAAACUUAAAGAAGGAAAAUAUAAUUGAAAAAAAAUGUGUAAGUUUAGACAUAAUUUUCAAUUGUCUUGAUAACUUUUUAAUUUAAAAAUAUUUUUAUUCUCGUAGCAGUUUUUGUUCUGUAGACAGUUCCUCUAAAACUACGUUAUAUCCAGAAUUGCAGAACUACAUUACAAGUCCAGUCUACUUCUUUAAAACACAUUAACAUGUUAGUAUUAGCAUAUUCAACUUGGCAGUCCUUUAUGUCUUUUUAUUAUUUUACACUUUACAAUUUAUUAUUUAAUUGUACAGUUUACAAAUAUACUUAAUGCAGGAAACAGAGAAACACCAUUGAUUUUGAUUAAUGUUUAUAUAUAAAACCAAAACAGCUACAUCCCAAAGGGGGGAAAGUAUCAGGGACUGACAGGCUCUCUAGUGAAAUCCAUGAGAAAUUUUCCUUAGAAAAGAAUUUAAAGAUGCAACUGUAGUUAUCAUCUCUUUUUCAAAUAUUUUAUGUCUGUUACUGCAAUGUUCUGUUUGUGUUCUACCAAUUUCCGGAAAGGGAAUAGCCAUAUAAAUUAUUUUCCUUUCGUUAUUAUUUCUCUGUAUGUUGUGUUUGUUCAUAUUUAAAGAAAAAAAACAAGCUUAUAAACUUUCAUAAAGUGUUCUUAUCAGUUUUUGAUAAAUUUCAAACAAUUGUAAGAUAGAAUGGUUGUUUUAUGCAGGAGAUAUUAUACUACAAGUGUAGUUUGGAUGGAGUCUGAUUAAAAUUUUUCAGUGAAAUACCCAUUAUUUCAAAACUUUACAUAUUUUCUCUAAGCUUAGACAUUUAACUAGGCAUUCAUUUCUCAUAUCUCUAUAUGAGGACACCUGUGCCCAAAUUUUUAAAAUGUAUAUAUUUUAUUGUCUGUUUAUUCUUCAUACAGAUACUAUACCAUAUUUAUAUAUUAUUCUAUACCUGUAGGUAUUCAAACAAAUCUGUUGUUUUUGAAUUUAAUAUGGCACUUUGCACUGCCACAGAGGUAAUGGUGAACUAUUUAUAUAGUUGGAUGUUUUUAUUCUGAAAAAUAUACGUGCAUCAUUUGCUAUCACUAGUACCUCUCAGCUUAGUCUUCAGGGGAUAAGAAACAAUCCAUAGAUUGGUUUCCAUACAGGGAAGUUCUCUGUCCUAUGCAAUGUUGCUAGUUAAUUUGCUUAGUUCUGAGCCAUUUAUUCUGCUAAAUUUUGGAAGAUGCAUUAAUUCAGCCUUAUCAUUUUGGGCUUUAUUUUUAAAGUUAGAACUUUCAAGGGGAAAUGGUGCUAUAUGUUUAUUGUUAAUUAGUUUGUAUACGUUUGGUGUAAUGUUAAUAAGCUAUGAGAAUCUGUGCUAAAAGUAUUAGCCAUUUGUUAUAAAUGCCAAUAAAAUGUACACCAGGGGCAAGAAUGUACAUUUUCUUUUUUAGAAAACCAAAUGUACUUUAUAUGAGAAUGCUUCUAUUUAAAGGGUGGUUUCAUCUAUGUUAUUCAUUUUGUGUUAUAAGACAAAAUUCUAAUUUAAACUUGGUCUUCUCUCAAAUUGUGUGAAGAUGCUGUGCCCAGUUAAACAGUCCUCAGGUGUUUGUAUAAAUACUGUUUUACAGUUUUCAGAUUUUAAAAUAUAAUAAAGUUUAAUAACCACAGCCAUUAAUGUCAAAGCCUCAGAUUUGAUUUUACUUGCUUUCACCACAUUAUAUUAAUGUAUGAAUCAGCUAUAGUUGAAAAAGCAGCACUCUAGUAAGUUUGUGGCUUUAUAUGUCCAAAUACUUGGUUUUAACACUUGCCAUUCCUAGGAGCAAAGGGCUGAUCUUUUGCAGGGGCCUUAAAUGAGACCCCGGGGAAGCAGUAAGAAGUUAAAUCAAUGAGUUUUAUCUGUACUCAAGUUAGUUGGCAGUGAUGCAAGUGUGCUAGAAAAUGCCAGUGCCCCCAUAUAUCUCAUCCCACCUGAGUUCAUGUAUCUGGCUGGCAAUUCUAGCUGCUUUUUUACCACUGGGGGCCAGAAGCCAUACUGCUACUCAGCCGUCAGCUCUCCCACCAUAACUGGUGGAAAAGCCCUAGAGGCUCAGGGUUGUGGUUGAAUCACCUUCAAGAUCCGACCCCUCAGCCCACCCGCACCAGGAGCUGCUGCCUUGGAACCCAGAAACUGUUACUGCUGUUAAUUGGAGACAACCGGGCCGUAACUGAGGCUCCAGGGAUGAUGAUCUCAAGUAACUGGAAUGGGGGUGUCGAUUUUCACUAUCUGGUUUGUAAAUUUUUGUCCAGAGACUGUCAUGCCGUGUUAGCGCGGGUUACCUGUGAACUUAAUUAUCUUUGCUCUAGUUUUCCCCCUCAGUCCAUUCUUCAACUUUCUGUAGGCAGCAGGAUUCUGCAACUUGAGCUCUAAAGCCCUCUGGGUACAUUGAGCAUGUGCUUUUCUGUCUUCUGUCUACGUGAUUUCUAAUUGUUGGAGAGUCUUAUGGUACAUGGUUCAGAAUAGAAUUUCCCAGACUUUUAAAUUGGUACUCCCUCUGUAAACAUGAAAAAACCAUGCCCUUCUGUAAUAUUAGAAAUUAAAAAUUAAACAUCAUGACUAGCAACAGUGAUUCUGGGAGGAAAAGUGCUGCUUUUUCAAGCUACAUAAGGGACUGUACUCACAGUUGGUUGAGUAAAUGAAGUAUGUUUAAAUUUCUGGGGCUGUUUCUACAGUGUGAUGUGAGGACUUGCUUAUAUUUUUAAGCGCUCUGACGUUGAUCCAGGGAAUGGAGAGAGCUCUUAGGGAGGACAUGUAAGCCAGGGCCCACCUUCAGAACGCAUGGUGGACAGUUUGUGUCUGAUCCCUCCUGACGUUUCCCCUGUUUUGUCCAGCAUUUUGAUGAAAUUGAACCUUGAAAGCAGCUCUCCACAAUGAUCGCAUACUAAGACCAAGCUUGCCCACUCUCCCUGCAGUACAAGAGGCAACAGCAAAAAGACUUUAUUGUAUCAUUCAGUCUUUGACAUAAGGAAGCAAAAUUAAAGGGCAGAUACUGGUAUAAUUAAAAAGGCAUUAUUGAUAGACAUUAGAUUCAAAGAGAAAAUUCACUGUUAAGAAUCCAUGGAGCUUUCACAAAAUUGAGUACAUACUAAGCUACAUAGAACACUCUGAAUCACAGGAAACAAAGUUAGUACAGGCUACAGUCUGGGACAUAAAAUUCAGAAGUUAAUGAGAUACUUCUGAAAUGCUAACAAGAAAAACAAUAAGCACCCCUACCUUUGUAGCCACAGCUUCUUUCCUGAACUUUCUCCUUGAGUUCUAGGCCUGGGUAUGUCACUGUCUACUGAUGUCUCCACCUGCAAGCCCACAGCAUCUCCUCAUCACACCUGAAUCUUUCCCCACCUUCCUUUGCUGAUGUGCCCCUCUCCAGUCCCAGCCUUAACAGCGCCUCACCCACUGAUGCAUCCGGGCACCUGACAGAGUGCCUGCCAGUGUUGGCCUCAACUCCUCAUCGUCCACAGCCCACCGCAGCCCUGACGUCACCUGGUCCCAGGCAUCCUACCUCUCACAGCUCUCUCUCGUCUGGGCCCCCCAGUCUGUUGUUUCCCGAGUUUGCUGCCAGAUGCCACUUCAGAAAUGCUAAGUUUCUUUCCUAUGAGCACUUCCAGAGCUGAUACUUUUAUUAUUGUAUUCCCAGGAUUUAGCAUACUAUCUCCUACAUAAUAGAUACUUAGAUGUUGGUUGACGGAAAAAAACACAAAAGCAAAUUUUCUUCUUAAAACCACGGCCGUUUCCAGUACCUCUCCCAGUUUACAAGAAAAUCAUUUUUAUUGAUGCUUGUACUUCAUUAAUGCAGUGUGGCUCCCCGCCACCACCAUGGAGCAGCUCAGAUGUGUCUGAACAGUAAUGGGAGAUGGCCGAUCC